CGCCCUUUCUUCUUGAUGUGCAGGAUCCUUGUGGGUGCACCAAAGGCUGAGUCCAAGUACAGCACGUCAGUGAAGUCCCCGGGGGCUGUGUUUAAGUGCCGCAUCCAUACCAACCCUGACCGGAGAUGCACUGAACUGGAUAUGGCUCGAGGGAACCAUCGAGGAACAUCCUGCGGAAAGACCUGCCGGGAAGACCGGGAUGAUGAGUGGAUGGGGGUGAGCCUGGCCCGGCAGCCCAGGGCCGAUGGCCGAGUUCUGGCCUGUGCCCACCGCUGGAAGAACAUCUUCUACGAAACAGACCACAUCCUGCCCCAUGGCUUCUGUUACAUCAUCCCGUCCAACCUCCAGGCCAAAGGCAGGACGCUGAUCCCUUGCUAUGAAGAGUAUAAGAAGAAGUACGGAGAAGAACACGGCUCCUGCCAGGCUGGGAUAGCAGGCUUCUUCACCGAGGAGCUGGUGGUGAUGGGCGCCCCGGGGUCGUUUUAUUGGGCUGGGACGGUCAAGGUGCUGAACCUGACGGACAACACCUACUUCAAGCUGAACGACGAAGCGAUCAUGAACAGGCGGUACACUUACCUGGGCUAUGCGGUUACCGCCGGCCACUUCUCUCAUCCGUCCACCACCGAUGUGGUAGGAGGCGCCCCCCAGGAUGAAGGCAUUGGGAAGGUUUAUAUUUUUCGAGCUGACCGAAGAUCAGGCACCUUAAUUAAGAUUUUUCAGGCAUCAGGUAAAAAGAUGGGCUCUUACUUCGGCUCCUCCUUAUGCGCAGUUGACCUGAACGCGGACGGCCUCUCCGACCUGCUGGUGGGGGCCCCCAUGUUUUCUGAGAUCAGGGACGAGGGGCAGGUCACCGUCUACAUCAACAGAGGAAAUGGAGCCCUGGAGGAGCAGCUGGCCCUGAGCGGGGAUGGCGCCUACAACGCACACUUUGGGGAGAGCAUCGCCAGCUUGGGGGACCUUGACGACGACGGGUUCCCAGACGUGGCCAUCGGCGCGCCCAUGGAGGACGACUUCUCGGGCGCCGUGUACAUCUACCACGGGGACGCCGACGGGAUAGUCCCGCAGUACUCGAUGAAACUGUCCGGGCGGAAGAUCAGCCCAGUCCUGCGGAUGUUCGGGCAGUCCAUGUCAGGAGGCAUCGACAUGGAUGGGAACGGCUAUCCCGAUGUAACUAUUGGAGCCUUCAUGUCCGACAGCGUGGUUCUCCUAAGGGCAAGACCGGUCAUCACGGUGGACGUCUCCAUCUUCCUCCCCGUCUCCAUCAACAUCACGGCGCCCCAGUGUCGUGACGGACAGCAGCCCGUGAACUGCCUGAAUGUCACCGCCUGCUUUCGCUUCCGCGGCAGGCACGUGCCCGGUGAAAUCGGCCUGAAUUACAUUCUGACGGCGGAUGUGGCGAAAAAGGAAAAGAGCCAGCUGCCCCGGGUCUACUUUGUGCUGCUGGGAGAGACCGUGGGCCAGGUCUCGGAAAAGCUGCAUCUGGCGCACAUGGAGGAGACGUGUCAUCACUACGUGGCGCACGUGAAGCGGAGGGUGCAGGACGUCAUCAGCCCCAUCGUGUUCGAAGCCGCCUACAGCCUGGGGCCGCAUGUGAGCGGAGAGGAGGAGCGGGAGCUGCCGGCUCUGACACCCGUGCUGCGCUGGAAGAAGGGACAGAAGAUCGCCCAGAAGAACCAGACCGUUUUCGAAAGGAAUUGCCGUUCGGAGGACUGUGCCGCUGACCUGCAGCUUCAGGGUCAGUUGUUGCUGUCCAGCAUUGAUGAGAAAACCCCCUACCUGGCUUUGGGGGCUGUGAAGAAUAUCUCCAUAAACAUCUCCAUCUCCAACCUCGGUGACGAUGCCUAUGAUGCCAACGUGUCCUUCAAUGUUUCCCGGGAGCUCUUCUUCAUCAACAUGUGGCAGAAGGAGGAAAUGGGCAUUUCCUGUGAACUGCUGGAAUCGGACUUCCUCAAAUGCAGCGUGGGAUUCCCUUUCAUGAGGUCCAAGUCGAAGUAUGAAUUCAGCGUCAUCUUUGAUACGAGCCAUCUGUCUGGAGAAGAAGAAGUUCUCAUCUUCAUCAUUACUGCUCAGAGCGGCAACACGGAGCGCUCCGAGUCCCUGCACGACAACACCCUCACACUGAUGGUGCCGCUGGUGCACGAAGUGGACACGUCCAUCACCGGAAUCGUGUCUCCAACCUCCUUUGUGUACGGCGAGUCUGUGGCCGCGGACAACUUCAUUCAGCUGGAGGACCUGCCGUGUCACUUCCAGCCCCUCAACGUCACCCUUCAGGUCUAUAACACCGGGCCAAGCACCCUCCCCGGGGCAUCCGUCAGCAUCUCUCUCCCUAAUCGACUGUCACCUGGAGGCGCAGAGAUGUUUCACGUCCAGGAGGUGGUGGUGGGCCAGGAGAAGGGAAACUGUUCCUUCCAGAAGAACCCGACCCCCUGCAUCAUCCCCCAGGAACAAGAAAAUAUCUUCCACACUAUCUUUGCUUUCUUCACAAAGUCUGGAAGAAAAGUCUUGGACUGUGAAAAACCAGGAAUCACUUGCCUAACAAUGCACUGUAACCUGAGCGCCCUUGCUAGAGAAGAAAGUCGCGCUAUCGACAUCUACAUGCUGCUGAACACAGAGAUAUUGAAGAAGGACAGUUCAUCUGUCAUCCAGUUCAUGACCCGGGCCAAGGUGAAAGUGGACCCUGCCCUGCGGGUGGUGGAGAUCGCCAACGGGAACCCAGAGGAGAUGAUGGUGGUGUUCGAGGCCUUGCACAACCUGGAGCCCCGUGGCUACGUCGUGGGGUGGAUCAUCGCCAUCAGUCUGCUGGUGGGGAUCCUCAUCUUCCUGCUGCUGGCCGUGCUGCUCUGGAAGAUGGGCUUCUUUCGCCGAAGGUACAAAGAAAUUAUUGAAGCCGAGAAGAACCGGAAAGAGAACGAAGACAAUUGGGACUGGGUCCAGAAAAACCAGUGACCUGCCCCGCCAGUCACAUGACCCACUCAUGUCACCUGUCGUCCUUGACCUUUGUAUCUUCCAUAUUUGGAAGAAAGAAUGUUCUCCAGAUUUUUCGGAGGCCCCACUGAUGCUGUUCUCGUCUUCAUUCUAUCCAGCCCAGGUGCCAACCUGAGGCCGCCACUUCGGCCAGGUCACGUGACUGGAGCCCACCACUUCCUUUUUAAAGAUGAACUCUGAACUUUGGAACGCAAGCUACAGAGCCGAGCAAUAUUUAUGGAUGCAACGUGCAUGGUCAACCCUCAGGGGAAAACUGUUACCUAAAAGUAUUUUUAUAAAUAUAAGCCUUUUAUACUGAUUAUGUCUUUAUAUUUGUAUCGAUGUUUUAUUAUUUCUAUUAAAUAGUUAUAUAAUUCACUCAAGCACUGAUAUCUGGCCUGGAAACACAUGUACAUUUGUACAAAUUUUAAAGGAUAAAAAUCUUACUGUUCUUUGGAACUUGCUGUGACAACAGACUUGCCGAUCAAAUCAUGGGAAGAAACCUCGUGUCCUGAAUCCACCAAGCUUGCGGCUCUGCGUAUAAACUGUGAUUGUGGCCGGACCCCCAAGGCAACUUUCACGACUUUCUUGCCUGGAGUCAAGUUUGAUGUUAAUGGACUAAGGAACUAUAAGUAUUUUCUCAUGCGUACCUUUCAUUGGAAGAGUCCCAACAGGAAUUUGGAUGGAAAACCUGAUUCCCAGCAGCAAGCCUGCUCUGCAGCCCCAGCAGGCAUCUCACCCUCCUUCCACUGGAUUAAUAGGCGAAUUGGAGCAACGCCAGCCGGUCAUCUGGUAAACCUCAGAAUGGCAUCACAUCCUGGAUGUUGUACAUCAGAGUCUGCGCACCACAAGGACUCGAUCAGUGCCCCCCCCUCCCGCCCCCCAGAGACUUGUGUCGGAUGCUGUGCUGUGUUGCCUUUGCGGGGUCCUUUGAGUUCAGAGGUCUCCAGUUCCCUGUCACUUUUGCUGAUGAAUUGCAGAUUCCUUCCCAGAGAUGACUGUUCAACCUGUUCUUAUUGUUUAAAAUAGUGUCUUGGGUGGGGUUCCAAAGAAGCAGGCCCCAAGACGAGGCUCUGCAUGCAAGUAACUAAUUAAGGAAGUGCUCCCUGGGGAACACCGGUAUGGGGGUGAGGGAAGCAGGGCGAGGGAGGAAGCCAGGGGAAGGUUCCAUGGAGGGUAGCGUCAGCCAGAUCCUGCAGAGGAGCUCUGGAGGGUAGGUUGCAUCUCAGGGUUGUCCCAACCUGAGGCAAGAUGGCUGAGCCUUCACACACGUGCACCUAAGGAAGAGGUAAACCUUCCACUCCGGUUCCUACUGGCAAAAUGGCUCCAUAGCUCAGGGGUAGUCCAUUAAAUUAGAGCUGCAGGUGCACCCCCACCACCCCCGGGGAGG